AUGAGUCUCCAUAGCCAGAACACAAUUUCAGAUGUACCGCCUCUCUCCUUGGAUACUUCUACUUCCCUCUCUCUUGUCACAAGCUUCUGGGCAGUGCAAUUGGAUAACAAUACAAAUCUCCAUCGCCAAGAAAUAGAAGCAGCUAUGCUGAAUAACCUCAACAAUCCUCACUUUGACCAAAUUCUCAUUUUCCUGGAUCAUGCUACUGAACAAUCAAACUGCACUCAUUUCAGAUAUAGGAUGGCCCAACUGCAAGAAAGAUUCGAUGAAAAGAUGCAAACCAGCAUUGUCAGUGAGGCGUACCAAAGCCCACAAAAAAAGCCGGUACUAGAUUGCGUCGAGAUUUCUGAACAACCAAACUAUUACCAGAUGUUCCUUCUUGCAACUGGAAGCAAUGUGAAGGGGGAUGUUGUCAUAGUGGAAAAUGCUGAUCAAGCCUUUGAUGACUCUGUGCAGUGGGCCAAGCACAUCAAGAAUACCACUGUACUUGCACUAUCAACCUGGGGAUUCCAACCAGAUAUUGUGCCUUCACCAAUCAAGGAUCACUUCAACUUUGUCCACGGGGAAAACUCCAAAGAGUAUCAUGCAGAGAUACUACCCAGAUGCAACGAUUUCUGGGUAUAUUCCUGGGAUGGUUAUGUUUUUCACAAACAACUCAUUGCGGGUCGCCUAAAAGCAGAGAACUUCCAGCGUCCCACUGUAAAAAUGAUGAACGACUCAACCCAUGAGACCGCUUUCUUCAAAAUGAACGAAGAUGGUGGUGAGAACGCGGCCCUUUGGGCCCUACUAGAAGGGAUUCCAGAAGCCCUGGGUGUCAGUGGAUGUACCGUUAUCCAAACAUGGCACUUCCAUGGUGCUCCCAAGAUGCACGCUCAUGGUGAUGAUACAGAAUAUUGGUUUUGGGGUGAAGUGAAAGGUCCGGGCCAUAGGGUCCCCAUACCACAUAAAUGUCCCAAAGAAGACAAAAUCACAUACAGCUUUAAGAUAAAGCCUCCUCAAAGCCCCCCCCUGCCCUACAAGAUGACCUUCCCAGCUGAGUUCCGAGAACCACUGGAAGCCUUAAAAGCCUUAAAAGAUCAGAACAUUUGUACGUAG